AUGCCCAGAAAACCAGAAAUUGAAUACAUUUCGUUACCAGCAUGUAGAAAAGGCGAAGGAAAAAAUGCUCCGGUCCAUUUAAAAAAGUCUUUUGAAUGUUUACAGAGGCUUGCAAAUAAUGCUUUGAAGGCCGGCCCGUUUAGCAUUGCAAGGGAUAAACAGUUUCCUCAUGUAGCUCCUUCUGGAGAUGUUCAUGACUUCCUCAGCUAUGCACCAUAUUGGUGGCCAGAGGAUACAGACGAUAAGAACACUAAAUAUGUACGAAAAGAUGGAAAAAGGAACCCAGGUUUGCUUAAGAAUAAGACACAUGUAAAGAAACCGACUAAGCAUUACAAAGAUAUUGGAAUCGUGAAAGACCAGCAACAGCUAGAGUUAUUUGCUGAAAACUUUAUGUACCUUUGUCUUGGUUACUUCUUUUUUGAAACGGAGAAUUAUGCAGCUCAUGCGGUGGAGUUGUUGCAGAUUUUUUUUUUAAAUGAAACAACUCGUAUGAAUCCCAACUUAAACUAUGCUCAACUUGUUCGAGGCAGUCAAAACUGUACAAAGAUGGGCCGUGGUGAAGGAGUCGUUAGUGGAAGAGCUCUUUGUAGAAUUGCAAACAUGCUGUCAUACUUGGAUAAUUUUUAUCUUUAUCGUCCAAUUGAUCGGUACAUCAAAGCAUGGUUUAAUCAAUACUUUCAAUGGCUUGUUGAAAGCCCCGUGGCUAAACAAGCUGCACAGGCAAAAAAUAAUGUUCAUACCUGGUACAUCGCUCAUGUUGUUUCUACUAUACGCUUUUUGAACCCAUCAUCUGCAGAGUUAACUCGUCAUAUUGUAGGCUUUUUCGAAAAGACGCUGUCAGAACAAAUAGAUAUGGCAACAGGAGAUCAACCUUCAGAGUCAAUAAGAGCGCAGCCGUUACAUUAUUUGGCGUUCAAUAUGUAUGCCAUUUUAUAUAUUGCUGAACUUGCAAAAUCUAUCGAGUUAGAUAUGUAUCCUGCCAAAAAAGAAAUUCUACAUAUAGCAGCACUUUAUAUGAUCAAGGUCUCCAAAGCAAAACAAAAGAUUGAUAUUACAGAAGCUGCAAGAUGUGUUGAAAUUAUAUGGAAAAGAGUAUGUGGUAAUGACUGCUGUAAAGAAUUUAUCGAUCUUUGUCAUAAUUGUGAGUUUGCUGAAAGAAUAAGCGGUCCGAAGAAUGCUGCAUGCGAGUGCUGGCUAUAA